AUGCCUCAUUUCCUGUCUUCUGUCAUUCGAUCCUUCCGCAACAGCAACAAUGACGGCGACGACGAGAUCACCUCUCAUAGCUACGCAUUGUCUCGCCAGUCAGAAGAUGUUCCUUUUCUGACGCGGGAGCACCUGUAUUUCAAGAGCCCGGACCUAGAAGAUGGAGCCAAUCCGUACACUGACCCAUCUUCCGACAACCCCGAUAUCAAGAUUGCCAAAUCACCCAUCAUCGUCACCUGCACACCCGUCGCCGUCACCGUCCCCGACGCUUCCUUUGACCACGCCUCAGCCGCUUUUCCUCCUACAUGGCACUGGGCAGAUAUCACCCCAUCAUUGAAAUUCUUGGAUUGGCGGGGCUGUGCUGUGGUGCACAAAGAGCAUAUCCUGGAGAGACGUUCAUGCGCACCGCAUCGAAUCACUGUGCUGAGAAAAGUCCUACGCCUUUUGGCCUAUUCGCUGAUGCUUCUGGGACUCCUUGAAUUCAUCGCAUUAGCAUGCGGCCUCCUUGUUUCCUUCUUCCCUGACGAAGUGGACGAACGCGUCGUUUCCUGGAAACUCUCUGCAGGGUUUUCGGAACACCUAGGUCACUGGCCCACCGAUUUCUCCGCUGAUGUGCAGCCCGUCGCUUGCCAUUCUCACAAUGACUAUUGGCGCAAGGAGCCUCUGUUUUCCGCAUUGCACGCAGGUUGCACCGGGGUCGAGGCUGAUGUGUGGCUGUAUGAUGAAGACUUAUAUGUUGGACACUCCACCUCUGCUCUUACUCCGGAACGGACUCUCCGUAGUCUCUACAUCGACCCAUUGAUGAAGAUCCUGGACCAACAGAAUCCCCUCACUUCAUUCCAACCUUCUUUUGACAUCCCUCGACAUGGCGUCUUCGACACCAACCCGGCCCAAACCCUCAUCUUACUGAUCGAUUUCAAGAACGAAGGUCACGCCAUCUGGCCAUAUGUCUCUGAGCAAAUUGACCCUCUCCGCGAAAAGGGUUAUCUCACCUAUUUUAAUGGCAGCGAUGUCAUUGAUGGGCCUGUCACCGUCGUGGUCACCGGGAAUGCCCCCUUUCACGCCGUGGUUGCAAAUCCUCAUUAUCGGGACAUGUUUUUCGAUGCUCCUUUGGCUCUUAUGGAAAAGCUGUCUGAUAUGACCCCGCCAGGUGAACACCCAACCCCACAAGGCACCCCGGUCGAGGGCGUGCGCCUUAUGCGGAGCAAGCGAACAAGCGAGGACAAGGACCAAGGCCAAGGUCUCUCCGGGGCAGCCCCGUUGAAUCCCUCAAUAUAUUCCCGGGCUAACUCGUAUUAUGCAUCCGUCUCCUUCAAAAGUGCCAUUGGUCCGCCAUGGCAUGGACGGUUGUCCAGCGAACAGAUCGAGAAACUCCGCAAACAAAUUGCAGGGGCGCACUCGCGUGGCCUCAAAGUACGAUACUGGGGAGUUCCCAGCUGGCCCAAAGGAAUGAGAAACCACCUGUGGCGGACUCUAGUUCAAGAAGGAGUUGAUUUUUUGAACGUGGAUGAUUUAGACUCUGUUACCCGAGGCACCUGGGGAUGGGGCUCGAGGCAGUCUUGGUUCCGCCGUCCGUGGCGGGCUUGGUUGCCUGGGACUACUUGA